UGAGUGACUCAUUCUCACACACACCUUAAAAACCAUGCAUGGCGCUCUCACAGCUUAACUCUUCAACUUAACCUGACAACAAACUGGGAAUAAGCUACAUUUAAUGAAACAGGAUCUCUUGGAAAAGCAAAUUACGUCCACUGCAUUUGAAGAAUUGCUGGAUUUGGACUCAAAGACAGUGAGUUGUUAGAGACAAAUGUGAUCUUUCUAGCAGGAUUGUGUGCUGGGCAGAUAUCUUGUGCAGGAUUUAAUCUGUUUCCUCAGACAGAGGGAACUUCAUCUAAACUGUGGAAGUACUCAUACUGUGCAGCAUUUGCAGUAAGUUCACUUUAUAAAGUCUUUUAAGGGGCAUUUUUGAACUGUCCAUGACAAUGCCAGUGGUAAAAGUGGAGAAAGACUCUCCAGCAGACACCACCUUGUCUGCCUCCAACCCUCCACCACAGACAGAGGAGCAGCCCAAAGGUCGGAGAAGAAAGAGACCUCUCCAGCGGGGGAAACCCCCUUACAGCUACAUUGCACUCAUUUCCAUGGCCAUAGCCAACUCCCCUGACCGCAAGCUGACUUUGGGGGGCAUCUACAAAUUCAUCACGGAGCGCUUCCCUUUCUACAGAGACAAUUCAAAGAAAUGGCAGAACUCCAUCCGCCAUAACUUGACUCUUAAUGAUUGCUUUAUCAAGAUCCCUCGAGAGCCAGGGCGGCCAGGGAAGGGCAACUACUGGGCUUUAGACCCACACGCAGAGGACAUGUUUGAGAGCGGCAGCUACCUGAGGCGCAGGAAGAGGUUUAAGCGCUGUGACUUCAGCACUUACACCUCCUAUGUCCAUGAGACACCAGUUUUCUCUCCUGUCCAGAUUGCCAGAUCAGCCACAUAUGCAAACUCUGUCUACCCCAACAUGACAGUCAGUCCGACCUAUGGGCAGCAGCUGCCCUCUGCCUAUUACCCUUCUUCUUCUCCUCCUGGGUUUGGACCUGGUCAGACCCGCAUGUUCAGCAUCAAUAACCUCAUAGGGCACCCGACUCCAGCCAGCAUGCUGGGAGGUCAAGGGUCAGAGGUGAUGCAGCAGCCCAGCCGAAGCUUCAGUCCUGAGGGGCUUCCAAAUGGAUCCAGUCCCUGCAGCCUGGGACCCCCGGUUUUCCAAAGCCAACCAUGCGGAGGGGCCCUAUCAUCCCGCUCUUCUACGCAUCCCGGAUUCACCUACUCUGGGCCAAACGGCCACCCACACCACCAUACACACCAGGGCUCGUAUGGACAGGGCCACACCCAGGGGUAUGCAGCAACUGGACGCCUCCAUUCCUCAGCCCACGGGUCUGCGGAGUCCAUGGACCAUUACGGCAGGGUCUCCCCAGUGCAGCUGGGCUCUUUCUCCCAGUAUAACAGUGCUGCAGGUCCUAUUGCCAACGCUGGGGGUUACCUGAGACACCCCACAUACCCAGGGAAUAUGGACAGGUUUGUGUCUGCCAUCUGAGAUACUGAGAAUCUAGAUCUGAGCAUCUCACUACCUUGUAAACAAAACAUCAGACUUGAGACAGCAUCAAGUGAACCAGACAUUUCUCUACACAAACAUGAUUGUUUUUGUUUGUGAGAUUUGUUAAGGACAAAACUGAACAGACUGUUUAAAACACCUCUCCUGACACAACUGUGAUUAAGCACAACAACACUAAAACCCAUUUUCCAUAUUGAUGGUAAUUUACUUUGAGAUACACACUAUAAAUUUGGAUUUAAAUGUCAAGGCCUCUACACAGCAAUUAAUCUAAUGUACUGUGUGUGUGUGUGUGUGUGUGUGUGUGUGUGUGUGUGCAAGUUUUUUUGUGUCAUGAAUUGAAUGUGCAAGUUUAAUAUUUACAUUACAGACUUUGAAAUGUUAGUAUAAAUUAUUGUGCUUCAUGGUCAUAGGCUUUGCAAUAAGUGGCUUGUAUGAAGAACAUCAGUUUUAGUACAUAUACAUGUAUUUUGUAGCCAAAUGCAUAUUAGGUUGCCUUUUUGAAAAUAAAAAUAAUUAUAUAGCACUUUUGUUCUUCAAGAAUAAAAUAUUUAAAUGUACCUGUAUCUGUAAUCUGAUGUAUUAUUGCUGUUACAAUUUAAGCAAUAUAACACCAGAAUUGUUUUUAUAAUGUCAAAGGGGAAAAUUUUGGUUUGCAGCCAGGUGACAUCAGUUAGCCAUAUAAUUAAUUUAUAUCACUUGUAUUUGUAAUAGCUAUAAUUCAACUAUAUUACAAAAUAACAAGAACCAACAGAUCGAGACAUAUGCCACCAAGACAAAACAUUUUUUGUGCUUGCGUUGCUUUCUUCGCCGUUUCAGCUCAGCUGGUUUGAAGUGUUGUCUGGAGCCACAGUAUUACCAGUCACCAUGACCGGCCUCAAUUAUCACGUCCAGACAUCAACACAGCACUUACACAGACACAGUUAAUCUACCGCACAGAUCCACUAAUCAUGAAAAUGAAUUGACUUGUAACUCGAUAUUUCAGCCUAUAAGGUUAAGUAGUGCGAGUCCUUUAUCUCAACACUAGAAACCUCCUUUACACAAAGUCUGACAAGAUGGGACUCGUGAGGAAACGCUUCAUUAUAGUGAAGACACUUGAUUUUUCUAUCAGAAAAGAAGCUUUGUUGACAGAUAUGACUUGAUCUUUGUUUUUGUUUUUCAACAAAGUAUCCGUACAGUAGUUGAAAGGGUCCUAGUUUUCCUUGAGUGCCACUGAAUCAUAAAAUCUUUGUGGAUUAAAUGAGGAUAGCAGUAAGCAGCAAGUGUCAAAUUAUAAUUUCGAAAGGACAAUGAUUUUAUUAUUGUAAGACCUACACUUAAGAUAAAAGUGACAAAGAUGAUACGCAACAAAGAUUUGGUUGAAAAAGCUUGGCUUAUGGUCUAAUGGUAGGCUACAAUAGAACAAAUUAGGCUGAUUUCUUUUUACACAAUACACGUAUUUAAUGUUAAGGUAAGGUAAAAUUAGACGAGCAAUAUCUAAAACAAGGGAAGCAGAACAAACGCUGGUGUAGCCUACAGUGGCAUACCUAAUUGACGUUAACAGUACACAGCAAGAGAAAAUUACUGCAUGAAGUAACAUUAAGAUAUAACAAAUGGGGGGAAAUAUCUGCAGUUUUUUGUGCAGCCUAUCCAUUCCACAUUUGAGAUAAAACUUUUACAAUUGUACAUGAAAACAUAAUAUGAUUGCACCUUUGCCAAUAGUUAGUGAGGACUGCUGAAUUUCUUUUUCCUACUGAGGAGGAAGAUUAUAUUUUUUUUUUUCAUUUCUGAAGAAAUAUACUAUAAAAACAGCAGGUGAACAGAACACAUUUUCUGAAAGAUGUAUAUUUUGCAUAUUGCUUGUCAUGACAAAAAACCAAACAUGAAAAUCUGAAUUUUCCUUUUUAAACAGACCAUCAUCCGAUAGCUUAAACCAAAUACUGGGCCAAAAUAUUAAACUCGUCAACUGCUUUAGCACACAAAUGCACAAAAUUAAAACAAAAACAAAACA